UACAUGCCUUUACUAUAAUUCAUAUUAAUCAUGCUUGAAAUGGAAAAUUCAUGAGGGUUGGGUAGGGCUUGAUAAGAUUUUUAUGUUUUUUUAACCCCACAUGUUCUGAAAGCUUAAGUGAGCUUUUGGGGUCACCAGAUGUCCGGUGACCUUCAGUCUGAUUCUUGGUUCGUUACAAAAUGUUUAAUUUAUAACUUUUCAAACUCAUGCUUGCAUAUUUACUGAUAGCUAAAAAAAAAUCUCUUAAUAUAUCUUACACCUAUAAAAUUGAUUGCAGUAAGUUUGACAUGAACAGAAAUCAAUCUCCAAUGUAGAGUUGCCGUUCUUACUCGUCAGACGCAUGCCCAACUUGAUUGACAAUUGAAGCGAAACAAUUUCUGGAAUAUUCUUGGAAAUCGUGCUCACACAUUCAUUACACGAUCGAACCAUAUUAGAUUGUGCUUGAACAGAGUAUUUUUUCUACUGAAUCAGCGAAGGAUUGUCAUUUUGUAAUCAAUUUUGAUCUCGUGACAACAAUUGUUAUAAAGAUGCCCCCGAAGGUGAAAUAUAAGGCGUUCAAAAGGAACACGCUUCUUGAGGAGCUCCAAAGUAUUCUUCAUGAAUAUCCAGACAAUGAACAAAUUAUCAAGGAACUGCUACAAAAUGCUGAAGAUUCAGGAGCAUCCCUGGUUAAAAUGGGGUUUUGUCCUUCAUCGAAUGCAGACCAACUACCCGAACCUUACAGAAAAUACCUAUCGGGUCCUGCUCUAUGCUUUUACAAUGACUCGGUUUUUACUAAUGAGGACUGGGAUGGAAUCACAAUGGUCAGGAAGAGCAACAAACAAGACGAUCCACUUAAAGUUGGGAAGUUUGGGAUUGGAUUCAAGUCUGUCUUUCACAUAACAGAUUUUGUGUGCGUGAUAAGUGGCGAAAAUAUCCUUUUUAUUGACCCAUUGCGUGAACAGAUAGACCCUAAUACAAUGUGCCCCUUCAAUACAAUAAAAGACUUUACAGACCAGGAAAUAUGUGGCAAAAGAGGGCUAGAGCCACUUUAUGGCUUGUUUGAAAUCAGUGAAAAAACAGUGGAAAAAGGACACUAUGAUGGUACUUUCUUUUGGUUUCCACUUCGCAAAUAUGCUUCAGAAUUGUCAGAAAAUAUAUAUACACAUGAAAAAGUAGAAGAUCUCUUCAACUCUCUCAAAGAAGAGAUUGAAAUUGAACUUUUGUUUUUGACAUUUGUAAAAGAGUUACAUGUAUGCAACAUGUCAGGUGACACUCUUGAAACCAUAAGCUCUGUAUCAGUAGAGAGAAGUUCAAGUUGGCUGGAUAAAAUGCCAGCAGACAGAUCGCAAUACAAAGAAAAAAUAGGAGAAGUAGAAAGAGAACUUUCUAAUGAUGAUUCAGCAAUUUUCAACUAUGACCCUAUUCUGUUGAAAUCAAUCGUAGAUUACAAAGUUUGUCUGGAUUCACAAGACUCCUGUCAGAAAUGGCUAGUUGUUCAGUAUUUUUACACAGGUUCUGUUUGUGGGGAUGAGAUCGAUGAAAAAUUGUCACAACUUGUAAGAACUCGACACUGUAAAUAUAGGCCCUAUUUAGGUAUUGCAGCCAGACUCGAUUCGCCCAUUUCAUCAGGACGUGUAUUUUGCUUUCUUCCAUUGCCUUCCACCAGUGAAAGUCCUACUGGUUUACCUGUGCAUGUUAAUGGGUUUUUUGCCUUGGACAGUAAUAGACAACAUUUAAAGUGGCCAUCUCUUGAUCAAACCGCUAGCAAUUCACACCUGGAAAAAGACAUGGACUGGAAUGUACUAUUAGUACAGAAUAUUUUACCAGUUGUAUAUAGAGAGUUCUUGAAUUCAUGGAGCAAUGAUCUUAAAACUGAAUUGGAAAAUCAUCUGGAAAUGUUUUAUCAGUAUAUCCCGAGGAUAUCAAAAGUUGAUUCUCAAUGGAGGCCUAUUUGUGAAGGGGUUGAAGAAUAUCUCAAGCAUUCAGAAAUACCCUGUCUAGAGAAAAGGCGUUGGAUAAAUUUUCAAGACGCAUUUCUUGCAAUAUUCCAAGAAGAUGUAUCCAAAAAUGUACAAUCAACUGUAAAAACGUUGUUUGACAAAUGCACAAAGAAAACAGUUGUGCUAGAAAAUUAUACUGAUCUGUACAAUGAAUGGGAGAAAAUGACAUUUGUUCCGAAAUGUACAAAUCCAAAAGAAACGCUGAACAUUCUAAAAAUAUGGAAGAACUAUGAGGAGAUGUCAUCAAAAGAAAAGGAAGAUCUUUUGAUUUUUUGCUGUACUGAUAGUCACUGUGGACUUUCAAAUUUGGAUGGAAUAAAACUACUUCCAGUAGCUAAUGGUGAUUUUAAAAUAUUUUCAAGUAAUAAGGAGAAGAAAGAAGAACAAGAAGAAAGAAUCUAUCUUUGUGAGGAAAAUGAACUUGAAAUGUUGAUCGGCAUGAAGGAAUAUCUUGUGAAACGUUCCAAUACAGAACUUGGUGAUGUUCUGAAAACUUUAGCAGAUUCAGGGAUAUACAAUUUUCAAAUCCUCGAAGAAAAGGAUUUUUUCAGACUGUUGACUGAUGUAGCAUCCACAGAGGAAAGCAUUGAAGUAAAGCUUGUAAAAGGCAGUGGAAAGGUUUUUGGAGACAAAUGGUUACAGAAAGUAUGGAAUUACUUGAAAAUUCAUUGUCAGAACACUCUUUCUCCUAUUGUUGGACUGCCUCUUGUGAAAACAAAAGGUUUUGAUGUUUUGAGAAAGAUAACAGACACCUAUAUCAGUGAGGAAAAUAUCGAAUUUUCCAUGAGAAACAUCUUUUGGUAUUUUAACAUUUGGAUUGUUGAUACUGAAUUUCAUGAUCAUCCUUUAUUGCAACCAGGAAAGGGUAUUGUUUUGCCAUCGUCAGAAAAUGGAAAAGAAAAGAUUCUGUCAAAAUGCAUUGAAAACGGAAAGAAAUUAAUGAAUUCUGGCUCCCCCGAAGAGAAAGAAUUAUUUAAAACAUUUCUACCAAAUACACUCUCCUCUUCACUAAUCAAUGCAAUAGGAAAAUUGAAAAUAUUCAAAUGUUUCUCUAAUGUACAGGAAAUGGUGGGUUAUACCUCUUUAAAGGAAUGUUGUCAUGUUUAUGUUGGUAAUAAAGAUUUUCCUGUCUCAUUCCCAUGCAACAUGAUCAUAGCGUCCUCAAAACACGAAGAGACGCUAUUGCUUAGAAACCCUCUAUCGGUUCAAGUGACCUUAAAUGUUGUUGUGGAGAAAUGUAUAUCAAGGAUAAAUCAAGAAAGAUAUUUUUUGGAAGAAAAAGACAGGAGGAAGUUUUGCUUCUAUGUUUUGGGAAUGCAUCAUUCCUUAACAAAUUGGAUUGGAAUUCAAAGAAGUAUAGCUGAUAUCAAAUUUAUUGAAAACGGAAGUGGACAUUUAUGUUCUCCACGUCAGCUUUAUGAUCCAGAGGAUGAAAUAUUAAAAGAUCUAUUCCAUGAAGAGUCCAAAUUUCCAUCAGAGACUGGAAGAAAAGAAACUUUGUUAAAGAGUGCAAAUGUGCAAUUUCUGACAAGAGUUAGUUCUACUCUGAAAGAUGAUAUUGUAGCCACAUGCAAGCGUCUUCAUGAAAAAGCGUUCAGUACGGAAACAAGUUUAAAGAAGGCCAAAGCUCUGACACAAAUUCUUAACGCGUGUCCAGAUUUAUUUGACUCCAUUUAUUCCUCGAUAGAAAGAUACAACAUUAUGCAAUUUCAGACCAACAGACCCGAAAACUAUCCAAUAUCUCUCAAGUGGUAUUCCAACAGAGGAAAUUUAGUUUCAUUAAAUGAAAUUUUUUCUGAAGAAUGUGGAUAUCUCAUUGGGUCAAUAUUUCCAACUGCUUUGAAGGAAUGGGAAAACCUUUUACUUACGAGACCCAAAGAUGUAUCACUGAAAUUUGUGAUACAGCACUUUUUCAAAAUCACUGAAUGUUACUGUGAGGAAGAGCAUGAUAACUACAGAUAUAUUGUGAAAAAGAUCUAUCAAUAUCUUUCAAAAGACAAUGAAGUCAAUUUUGUGAAGAAUCCCCUUCCUGACAAAUGUAUACUUACAGAACAAGGUUUCAUGAAACCCGAAAGUAUCUAUAUUGAACGAGGCAACGAGGAUUUGAAUUUGACCCCUUACAUUUUUCCUUUGGAGAGAGAAUAUAGUGCAAUUCGAAGUCUCUUUACAAGGCUAGGAUGUAAUACAAAACAGACAGCUGAUUUGCUCAUAGUAACUCUACACAAGAUCAAUGCUAGUCAUUCGUCAGAAAUGUCAACGUCUGAUUCAAAAUGCAAUUUGAAAAUAGUUCAAAAUAUCAUAAAAACUUUCGCAAGAACAUAUUCCUUGGAGGUACCCAGUCUUAGACAUAAGAUUAUCGUACCCAUUCACCAAAAAGAUGAAAGUUCUCUUGUGUUUCGACAUUCAGAAGAGUGUGCCUAUUGUGAAUCUGAUUGGUUUAGUAGAACAUUUUCAGAUAAAGAUGACAUUACCUUAGUUCACUCACAAAUUGACAAGGAGGAUGCUAAGGCUGUUGGGGUACGAUCUUUAAAAGAAUUAACUUUAUCUGAUGCAGAGGAUAUUAUCACCGAAUUUGGACAGUCUGAGCCUCUGACGACUCGACUGAAUCGUCUUCUAGAAGAAGGAUAUACGGAUGGACUUUCUGUGCCAAAGGAACUUAUUCAAAAUGCAGAUGAUGCUGGUGCAUCCGAAGUCUGCUUCCUAUAUGAUGAAAGGGAAAACGAAAAUGCUAGAAGUUGUCUUUUAGACCAAGGCAUGGAAAGCUGUCAGGGACCAGCCUUAUGGGCUUUUAAUAAUGCUGAUUUUACACCAGAAGAUUUUGAAAAUAUCCAAAAAUUAAGUGGUGCUACAAAAAGAGAUGAUGAGACAAAGAUCGGAAGGUUCGGAUUAGGUUUCAAUGCUGUAUACAAUUUGACUGAUGUCCCUAGUUUUCUAAGUGGAAAAUAUUUAGUUUACUUAGAUCCCCAUCGCAAAUAUCUUGGAAAUACAACCCUAAAUGAAAUGAGCCCGGGUAUUAAGCUGAAUCUUCACAAUAAACUCAUGCUUGAGAAAUUUGAAAAUCAGUUUAAGCCAUACCAUAGUGUUUUCGGCUUUUUACCCACAGAACUUGCGAAAGGCAACUUGUUUAGAGGUACUUUAUUCAGAUUUCCUUUAAGAACUAAUGAACAAGCAAAAACCAGCGAAAUUCUGCAAAAAGCUUACACAAAGGAUGAGGUAGAAAAAUUGUUGAAAAUAAUCUGUAAAUCAUGUGGGAAUAUGCUUCUUUUCACUCAGAAUGUAAAAACUCUUAAAAUAUUUCACUUAAAGAAAGAAGGAGAAAAUCCAGACAAGGAAAUGGAAUUAGUUCUAAGUGUUCAAAAAGAGGAAGAAACAGUCUUUAAGAAUCACGCAGAACAAGGCAUCUUAGCUUUGGCUGCAAAAAUCUGCGAAAAAUCGGAGGAUAUGACAACAAUUUGUAAGACACGAAUUACCAUAGAAGGAAAGUGCCAGUCUUGGCUUGGCACAUCUGAGCACAUAAACCUUUGUGUAGAUUGGAUAUUAGCCUGGGCAACAGGAAAAUCCGAAUCACUAGAACUUUACAAGAAGAAGAAAAGUGAUGGAGCAUUACCUAUAUCCGGUGUAGCCGUACCCAUCAAGAGUAAUGAGGGAAACACAAUGCCAUUAUUUUUCCAUGAUGAAUUUAAGAAAACGUCUCGAUAUGGUUUCUUUGACACAGGUCAUUUGUUUUGCUUCCUCCCGCUUCCAAUACAAACUGGUUUGAACUUUCACGUGAAUGGAAUUUUUGCCCUUUCAUCUGAUCGGAAAGGAUUGAUGAUGCAAAGUGAAGAUGACAAAGAAAUUUCGAAUCAAAGUAUUUGGAAUACCAGUGUCAUAUGUGAUGCAACGCUAGAGGCAGUAUUGGUAAUGUUGCUAGAUUUAAAAGACCGAUCCUCUGAAAAUUACAUAUAUACGAUGUUAUGGCCAGAUCAAUAUAAUAGUAGUAUUUGGGAAGACUUUCAGCAGAAAUUUUACAAAGCUUUAGCUGAGCGUCCUUUGCCCCUAUUCAGGACACACUGUGGGUGGAAAACAUAUAAAGAAUGCAUGUUUUUGCAUCCAAAGGUCUGUGAUGAUGAAAAACUGAAAAACAUUGCAUUCGAAGUUUUAAAAGACAACCCAGAAGGAAAAGUAGUUGUUGAUCUGCCUGACAAUAUCUUUAAAAAGUUUGAGAUUUACAAUGGGACAGAUUUCAAGAAUGACAUUGUGACCUACGAAGAUAGCAUAAUCGUCUUAUUACUGCCAUUUAUCUCCAAUUAUCAGGGGCAAGAGUACGAUGAAAUUGUUGUGAACGCCAUAAAAAGCAAAGAAAAUAACAUUCUAGCUGCCAUUAAGAAAUCUGAAUGUAUUUCAACACUUGCAGCAGGUAUAAGAAAAGCGCCAGGACAUCUUGUACAUCCACAAUCUUCCCUCAAAGACAUAUUUCUGCCUAAUAAAGAGUAUUUUCCAGCGGAAAAAUUUUGUGAAGGGGAAGUUUUAGAUAUACUUGUUGAACUUGGUAUGAUAAAAGAAAAGAUUCCAUGGGAAGUGUUAGUUCUGCAAGCAGAAAGCGUUGCCUUGACAGCAGUUUCUUGCUUUUCAUGUGCUAGCAGAUGUUCAAAUGAAAUUGUAAAAUAUAUGCAUACUUUUUUUGAUCAAAUGUCAGAAGAAACAAGAAAGAAAAUGUCUGACAUUCAUUUUUUGCCAUCAAAAAAGAAACCAAAAGACUGGCCAUGGAAAUGGUAUACGAGAGCAUCGAAGCAAACUUGUGUGUCAGAGAAAUGCACAAUUCAUAGAAAUGAUGAAUUAGACAACAAUGGUCAAUUCCAAUACUUUCAAAAACCUUCCAAUUUAUUUUUUCAGUCGAACAAAAAUUUGGUUGCUUGCACAGAAGCAGUUCUUGAUUGUUACACCGAGGAAGAUUUGUACAGUGUUGUAUUAAAAUCAAUAGGUGUAAAAUGCAAGAGAGAUGUAAAACCACAGACCUUAAAGUCGCAACUCCAAGAAAUAAUUGAAAGGUCAGAUGAUGUAAAUAGUGGAAUUGUUGAGGAGAUUUGUUUUGCAAUUUACGCAGCUUUUGAAGAAAACCUAAUAGAAAGAGAGUGGCGAGAGUUUGUAAGAAAGGAGUUCUCCGAGUUGCGAUGCGUUUUGAUAGGAAAAACCUUUGUUUAUGCAAAACAAGUGUUUUUUGCCUUAGAAAUUGACUGUAGUCCUCAUUUAUAUGGAAUAGAAAAAACUUCCUUGGGUCGAUAUUCAAAGUUAAUGGAAGCUUUUGGUGUUAGAAAAGAAAUUGAUCCUGACGAAAUCGUCCAAAUUUUAUCGAAAAUCAAGGAACAAUAUAAAGAGAAGCAAUUAUCCGAGACAGAUUUAGGUUUAGUUUGCAGAAUCACUAAGCUUUUUGAAGAUUUUGAUAGCAUCUCAUCUAAUGAACUUUGUCUUCCUGAUACAAAGGGACACCUUCGAACUGUCAACUGCUUGUGCAUGAAUGAUAUUGAAUUGAUACCAAACAGUGAAUCGAUGUAUUUUUUACAUGAAAAAAUAUCCACUAAAAUAGCGAAGCUUGCUGGGAUAAAAUCAAAGAGAGAACAUUCUGUUCUAGAAGACUCUGACGAAUUUGGAUAUAAAUUUGGACAACAUGAAAAUCUUACAACUAGAAUAAAAUCUAUCCUAGACGGAUAUCCGAACACUAGUAUUUUACAAGAGCUUCUUCAAAAUGCCGAUGAUUCUGGUGCAUCAGUACUUCAUUUCAUUAUAGAUGAAAGAAUUCAUGGAACAAAGAAUGUGUUCAGUGAUAAAUGGGCAGAAAUACAGGGACCUGCUCUCUGUGUAUACAAUGACAGCAUAUUCAAUGAGGAAAAUUUCGUAGGAAUUCAGAACUUAGGUACUGGAAGUAAACGUGAAGAUCCAUUUGCAACAGGGCAGUAUGGUGUAGGAUUCAACGUUGUUUAUCAUCUCACAGAUGUGCCUUCAUUCCUUACGAGAGAUUUGGAAAAGUCUCUAGAUACGCUAUGCAUUCUUGAUCCUCAUUGUGAAUAUGUUUUUGGGUCCUCUCUUCAGAAACCUGGUAGGAUGUUCCGCAAUGUAUCAAAAACAGUCAGAGUGAAGUUCGGAGAUAUAAUGCCAUGUUACUUGGAGGAUACCAAUGUAUGGAAAAAUUCUCGUGGAACAUUAUUUCGUUUUCCGCUUCGACAAAGAAGUGAUUCGAAAUUGUCACAUAAAAUGUAUUCAAUCAAGAACAUAGAAGACAUGUUUAAGGAAUUGAAGGAAAAAGCACCAGAAUGUCUUCUCUUUUUACACAACGUCAGGUCGAUAAUUUUGUCAAGAAUAACAAAUUCUGGGUCAUUAGAAAGAAUGUUCUACGUUUCUGCAAAAUCUGAACUGAUAUUCCCAAAGGAGGUUUCACUACUUUCUCACUUUGUUGAAGCAAAAAAACAAAUGGUUGAAAAUCCUGAUGAACUUUGUAAAAUCCAACAAAAGGUGUUUAAGUCUUAUUUAGAGAUAGACAUCAAUGGUUUACAAAAGGAAAAGUGGUUGUUGGUGAAUGGAUUUGGUUUCAAUUCACAUUACAGUAUUCCUUCCUCUAUCCAUAAGGCGUAUGAAGCUAGACAAUUAGCAUUGUUGCCUUCUGCGGGUGUUGCUGUUUUCAUAUGUAACGAAAAUACUGCUGAUACAGGGAUUGACACGAAUGAAAACCAACUGCAAAAAUGUUUCAAAGAGUUCAAAGUUUUUUGUGUCCUUCCAUUACCAAAUGCCACUGGUUUACCAGUGCACAUAAAUGGUCAUUUUGCCAUAGACUCUGAAACUCGUAAGCAUAUUUUUGGGGCUCUGGAUGAAUACAAAGGUGUUAAGUUGGACUGGAACACAUGCUUGGUAAAAUACGUUCUGGUGCCAACUUACAUUUCUGCUGUUGAACACCUUCGGGACAUGCUAUUUGGUACAGGUACAGAUAUAAUAAAAAAUAAUUUGAAAAGCAUUGAAACAUUCUAUAAAGUAUUUCCAAACAUAGGAAGUGCAAACAGUAACAUUUAUAAAUUCAUUGCAACAGAAAUUUAUAUACAUUUAUUUCAAAACAACUGCAAUGUUUUACCAAUAUUCCGAAAAUUGGAUAUGCCUGCUAACAUUACAACCAAAAUCUGUGAUAGCACUGAGAAAGCGAAUGUAAAAACAAAAGAUUCCACUUCAAACGAAUCUGAUAAGGAACUUUUAAAAGUAUCUUGGAAAUCAAUACAAGAUGUAGCAUUGUGUGUAACAUAUUUGGUCGAACAUUGUGUCGAAUUAGGAGAAAUUCCUGAACUGAUGAAAGCCUUUGAAAUGCAAAUAACAGAAAUCCCAUAUUGGAUCUGGGAGAGUCUAAAUGACAUUGAUGAUGACGUGAACCUGACGUGGUUCUCAUCACGUUCCGUAAUCAAAUUUUUGAAAACUUUUAAAGACUACAGUGCAUAUAAAUGUAUCAGCUUAAUACUGACAUUCCAGUUCAACUUUAGGGAAUUUGAAAGCUGCCAUGAUAGAGAAAAUGACGGAAAAGUUAGUUCUUUAGACAUUUAUUGUGAGGGACAGGAAACAAAAGUAAGCAAUGCUGCAAAAAAGGAAAAGUUUCUGAAAGAGUUUUCAGAACUGUUGUUGUUACAUUUGAAAAGAUGUAACCUUUUACCGGUGACAAAAGGUAAAAAUGGAUUAUUUGUUUUCCCUCUCGGCAGUGGAACGAAUAUCCUACUCACAAAGGGAUAUGAAAGAGAACAUGGUGCUUUGCUGAAUAUGAAUGUUCCAUUGAUUGACUUACAGAGCCUUCCUGCGGGAGAUGCAUUUGCAUGCAACAAAAAAUCAGUAAAUACCAUGUUUAAUUAUAUGUCGGAGCAUCUAGUGAAUCUUCGGGAAAAAGAAAAAAGUAAACAGAUAUUGAGGAAUCUACCAAUGUAUUUUACAGUAUCUAAUAAUUUCAAGUCUGCAAGGGACAGAACAGUUAUCCUUCUUUCAGAUGAUAUUCCAAAAAAAGGAUUGGAGGAGUUAGGCGAUAAAACAAAAACCAUCUUCCUGCCUGAAAAUAAAACCUUUCGUGAACUCUAUGAAUUUCUAGGUUUCAUGGAACCUAACAAGUGUGAAUUGUAUACUAUACAUGUUCUUCCCAAUUUUGAACUCUUACCAAUUAAUGCAAUAGAAGAACACUUGCAGUUUAUACGGGAUAAUCUUCUGCCACAACUUUUAAACAGCCAAACGAUGGAAGAAAAGAAGGAACAGAUAAGAAAGUUGUUACGUGAAACUGCUUUUUUAAAGAGAGGGGAUGGCUGUCUCGCACAAGCUUGUGAAUUUUAUAAUCCACACCAGAAACUUUUCUCGUUGGAAAACCAGCUAUGUUUAAGUUCUGAAUUGCCACCGAAACCAUUUAACGAAAAGGUGUGGGAGGGAUUUCUAAUUUUUUCCGGAAUGUUGUGCGAAAUCAAUAUCACUUCCGAAAUAUUUGUUACAUUUGCUGAACGUUUAGAGACCCUGGCUGAUAAAACAGGAAUCAGUGACGUAGUGGAAAGGAAUUCUAGCCAUUUGCUGAAACUUUUAUUUUUUGGACCCUUUAAGCUAUCGAAGGACCGCACAAUCUUACGUGAAGUGAGGAAAUUGAGAUUUAUUUGUCCUCAUAAAAUGGAUGACAUUUGCGUAUCCUUUCUCAAACAGUACACGGAUACAAGGCGUCUUAUUUGUUAUAGUGAAGCUACAUUACCAUCAAAUUGUUUGAUCGCAUGGUCACAAAUGGAUAUUGUUUCGAAUAAAGCAGACCCAUUUUUUCUCCUGCAAGAUUGUUCCUACUCAGCAUAUGUUAUUGAAGAACUUAACAUACGUAAUCCUACGCUUGAGUCAGUAGUUAAUCAUAUUCAGUUAUUUUGUUCCUCGCUUCAUCCAUUACUAGAGCAAUCAAAACCUGAAAUCGUUAGACGGGAACAAUUGAUAGCAAAAAUCAUGCAAGAAGCCUAUAAAUACCUGUCUGAACAUGGAAACGCUUGGUCAGUUGAGAGAUUAAGUGGUGUCCCAUUUGUUUUCUUAAAGGAAAGAAAGAUAUUGACAACCCCUGAUCAUGUUGUACUAAACAUUAAUGAAAAGGACGAAAUUUUACCAUUCAUUUGCAAGGCAUCUGUAUUUUUCGGUCAAUAUCAUGAACUUUUUAAAAAGUAUGGAGCAGCAGUAUAUGCUACAAGCAGUCACUAUGCAAAAUUACUAAGUGAAAUUAAAUCGAAGUCAUAUGAUAGGGAGUUAAGUAUAGAUGAAUUGGAAUGCAUUAGAAAGGCUAUCAAAGGGUUGUUUAGCAUAAGAAGGUCUGAAAAUAAAGAUGUACAAUUGGGUGUGCCAAAAUUAUAUCUCUUGACUAAAGAAAAUAAGCUAGAGGACAGCAAGGAAAUGGUGUUUAUCGAUAAUGUGCUUCUGCAAAAAAGAAUCGGAGUUAACAUGCCUACUUUUAGUUUUUUCAUUGGUUUUAAGACUCUUCAUAUGAAUGUUAAAGACCAGAUGUCAGUGAUUAAGCUUUUACCUGAAAAAUUCAGACCACAACUACUUUCACAACUGGUCACGGAAGAUUUAGAAGUGAAUAGCAAGAAAACCAUAAUAAAGAAUUCUAAUACUGCUUUGUGUUUGGAAAGUUUUAUUUGUUGUCAUGAGUUUUUGGAAGGAAUGUUCAGAAUUAUUUUGGAUAGACAUUUUCGUUGCAACAUGCCCUUCUCGGAGACGGAACAACGGACUGUGAAACACAAACUUAAAAACAUUUCGUUCACUCAACUUGAAUUUCUGACGACUGUGCUUGUGUAUGAAGAUGAAGUUCUGCCAAAUACAGAGGAAACAAACACGAUAUUUGCAAAGAGAAAAACCACUGAGUGUGAUGAAAUGCUUUCGAUUUACUUCACAGUGCACGAAUGUACAAGUUUGAUUACAUGGAUGAAUACAAAUUCAAUAUCAAUGUCAACACAAAUCAAUGAUUAUCUUGACAAUAUUUUGGGUGACAGGAUUAUAUUCCUGCCAAAAGUUCUAGAAUGCUUCCAAAAUCCUGCUGCCAUUUCUUGUGUGCUAGACAGUUUGAAGGUGAUGAGAUCUGACGAAUCACUACCAUCAAUCCAACCAAAAAAAAUACGAGUACACCCCCCUCUUAUAAUGGAAAGUGGACCUCAACCUAAAGAAGCCAAAAGAUGGAUAAGUCAAGCAGAAAAUGAUUAUAUUGCUGCCUCCAACGAUUGUUUUCCAGAGUCAUAUAAUUGGUCAUGUUACAAAUGUCAUCAGGCUGCUGAAAAGGCUUUAAAAGCUCUUUGGUAUGAAAAAGGUGGUAUCGAAAGAGUUCAUAGUUCACACAGUCUGUCAGAGCUGGUGUCUUCAAUUGGUGAAAUAUCAUUACCCGACCUUAUCUAUCAGCUUGAAAAUGUGACAGGGAGUUAUUUCCGCAUGCGUUAUCCUGAUGCUGUUUCAGAAAGUUUAAUUCCAUCCCAAAUUUAUACACAAAGCGAUGCAAGAAAAGCUAAAGAAAUUACAAAGGAAAUUCUAGACAUUGUUAGGAGGAGAAUAUCCAGGCAUUGAAUAAAAUGAAUAUCGAUCGCGAGUAAGUAAAGGAGAUAACACACAAGCUUAUUUCAGUAUCAUUAAGAGAGUUGAGGGGCAUGGCCAUUUUCAGACCUUUUUGAUCUCCUUUAGAAGAAGAGCUCCUUAUAAAGAUAUACAAAAAGGAUCAAAUUUUAAAACUAAAUUGUAUGAAAUUUUCCUCUGCAAAUUAUCGUAGACAGCGUACGAUAUUAUAUCUAAAAAUGUUAAAUCUGAUGGUAAAUUUAUUUGUUGAACUCCCCCCACCCCGCCUCCUUAAGUCGAGUGUUGACUGACGUAUUUUUAUACGAAGUGUAAGGCAGUUAUUUUCAUACUAAAACUAUUUACAUUUUUAUCCUUUGCGCAAUAGUGACAAGGAGCACACGGCAGAUGCGACCAGUCCAUAGGAAAUUUUACUACUCCAUGGCAAUUGAUCCCACCUUUUAUGUCUUAAGAGGUCCAGGUUUGCUCUGCAUUUAAUUUUUAUUCUUUUAACGGACUUUUUGAACAUGGUUUUUGUACAUUAUCUUCAAAAUCUCAUUCUAUGCUUUAAAGGUAUAUGUAAACAGAAAAAUAUCCAAGAAUAUUAACUUUUUUCUUCAUAUAUGUUUAAUUUAGAAUCUAUAUUUUCCAAAGUUGUAAAUAGAUGCUAUUGUUAUUGUUCAAAGGGAUUAUUUGUGUAAUACUUGAAUUAUGCAAUGCUUUUUACUGAUGUUUGAUUUAUUCUUCGAACUUCUAAUCAACAUUUUUCAAUCAACAACACUUUGAACUUUUCAUAUUGUAUAUAUUUAUUGGCAUGUGGUGGGGGUGGGUGUACUUUUUGUCAUUAUGUAAAACAUUUUUCAUUUAAUGUACUAACUGGUUUAACCUCAUACAAUUACCUCUCUGUACAUAUCAUAUGGUAAAUCUUCAUUUUAUGUUUGUUUAGUGAAAUGGAAUCUGAAAUCAAAAUUAUGAUGGUGCCUUCAUGAAAAUUACACUUCUAUGCUAGUGAUUAGAAGUUUGAAAAAAUAUUACUAAAUAUGCUAUGAUAUAUAUGUACAGUGUACCAAACUGUGUGUAAAUACAAUGUCAUUUGAUUUAACAGUUGAACUGAAUUGAUUUACUUGUUAAUUAAUGUAUGUAAAUAAUUUUUAAAAACAUCUCCGUAUGUAUAUUAACAUGUAAAAAUAAAUACAUAUUUGUGAGUAUGUACCCAAUUUACAUAUUUUUUUUGUUUUUAUGAGUAAUUCACAUCUUUGUGUAUAUGUAAAUAUUUUACAAUUUUUUAUGUUUGUAAAUAAUUUACAGCUUUGUACAUAAGUAGAUAAUUGACAUAUUUGAAAAUAUGUGCAUUUUUUAAUAUCUUUGCGAAUGUACAUUUUAUACCAUAAGUAAUAACUGUAUAAAAUAGGUCUUCCUUGGAGUAUUUGUAUAUUAUAUAAUAUGUUUUUGAACAUUCAAUAAUGUGUGUUUACUUGCGUUGUGCACUAAGCAACUGCACUAAACAUAAUGUUUAUGUGUUUGACUUUAAUCAUAAAACACGUUUUCAUUACAAGUAUACGAGUACCAAUUCAGAAUCAUUUAAAACUGUAAAUCAUAUGCCACUGGAUGAAAAUCCUAACUGUGUUUAUUUAUUCUAGUUAAAUUACUACAUGAAUUUCCUAUAUGAUAUCUUUAUGGUUAUAUAAAUAAUUAUGCUGAUAAAAUUAUAGCUUUGAACAUAUCCUAAAUAAAUAUGUACAAUUUACAACAUAAAAUACGUUAUAUAU